ACAAUUUCAAGGCAUGAAAAAUGCGUAAGUUCUACGAUGAUUGUAACCCGCAUCAACAUUCCGAAAUGACUCAGUCGAUAGUUGUACAAGUCGGGCAGUGUGGAAACCAAAUAGGGUACAGAUUCUGGGAUUUAGCAUUACGUGAACAUGCAGCAGUAAACAAGAAUGGCAUAUAUGAUGAGUCUGUUGGAAGCUUUUUUCGAAAUGUUGAUUCAAGAUAUGAAAAUGCAUCAGACAUUCCUUUUGGUCAAGGUCAGGGAAAGAUAAAGUCACUUAAAGCAAGGGCCGUCCUGGUAGACAUGGAGGAGGGAGUGGUCAGUGAAAUGACCAAGGGGCCCCUGAGGGAGGUGUUUGAUUUCCAGCAGCUCAUCACUGAUGUCUCUGGCUCGGGAAAUAACUGGGCGGUUGGCCAUAAGAUGUAUGGUACACAGUACAGAGAGAAGCUCUCAGAGACCAUCCGCCGGGCGGCCGAGUUCUGCGACUGCUUGCAGUGCUUCUUUGUCCUUCACUCCAUGGGGGGAGGAACUGGGUCGGGAGUCGGUACUUCCAUUUUAAACCUCUUGGCUGACGAGUACCCGGAUGUCUACAGAUUUGUAACAGCAGUUUAUCCGUCAUCGGAAGAUGACGUCGUGACGUCACCAUACAACAGCGUGUUAGCCAUGCACGAGUUGACGGAGAAGGCUGACUGUGUACUACCCAUCGAAAACCAGGCUCUAGUGGACAUUGUUAACAAGAUCGGACAGUCGGUGCCCUCGGCCAAACUAGGAAAGAGGGUGUACAACGCCAGCGGCGUCAAGGCUGGAAGCGCUAUUAUAGACGGAGAGGGAGGUUUGUCCAAAGCGUCGGACGAAAAACCAUUUGACAGCAUGAAUAACAUUGUGGCAAACCUUCUGCUCAAUAUGACAAGCUCUGCAAGAUUUGAAGGGUCAUUAAAUGUGGAUUUAAACGAGAUAACAAUGAACCUGGUUCCAUUUCCCAAACUUCAUUACCUUGUCUCUAGCCAGACGCCAUUGUUCUCUCUCUCGGAUGUCCACCUUCCUCCCAGAAGACUGGACCAGAUGUUCUCAGACGCCUUCUCCAGGGACCAUCAGCUCAUCAAGGCGGACCCCAAACACAGCCUCUAUCUGGCCUGCGCACUAAUGGUGCGCGGUAACGUAGAGAUUUCCGACGUCAGGCGAAACAUCGAAAGACUGAAGCCAAAUUUAAAGUUUAUCCACUGGAAUAACGAGGGUUGGAAGACUGGACUGUGCUCCGUCCCGCCUGUGGGACAGAAUUACUCCCUCCUGACCCUGGCCAACAACACCUGUGUACAUAAUACAUUUGUCGACCUCAGAGACCGAUUUAAUAGGCUCUAUAAAAGAAAGGCCCACAUCCAUCACUAUACGUCGGUAGAUGGGAUGGAGGUGGACGACUUUAGUAGUAGUAUAGACUCUCUGAACUCUCUGGUGGAAGAGUACAAGGGCUUGGAAAGGCAAAUGAACAAUCCAACCCCACCGGAGCCUCGGCUGGAAAUCUUUAAAUGACGCAGAGCGUGUAUGUGGGCCCGUUUAUGACCCGUUUUACCCAGAAAUCAUUGUAUGGAAGAGGAUCAAGUCUGGGCUGUUAUUAGAAGAUGAACGAAGGCGCAGAUUAUCCGACACAUCAACGCGAGGCAACCUUUGAAGUUGAUAUAAUGCCUGGCCUGUGCCUAUGGCCCACAAUACAAGAUGACGUAACUCACGCGAGAAGACAAUAAGAAGUCGAGAUGACAGAACGAGUGAAGUUCUAUUUGUGGAAGAAACAUACAGUUCCAUUUUGAAUCGUGUGUUUAUAUUGUUUAAAUCUCGUAGGAUAUUGAUUGAUUUAUGUUCUCACCCUCUAUUAGAACCAUUUUAACAAGAGCUUGGACUAUGGGUAGUUGUGUCAAACAGCAAUGUGACGUAGGCCUGUCUAUUUCAUUGCUGGCCACUCAACCAUGGCUCUUUGAAAUCAACAAGAUUUGUCUGGCUUUUGAACUAAGACAACGCAAUCGGUGCAUAUUUCACUUGAAACCGCGUCAUUUUAACUUGUUUUGACACAAGAAAUAGAUAGCUAUGUCUAACCGAAAGUCCAAGGUCUUGUUAAAAUGGUUCUAUGAUAUGCAAGUACAUAAAUUCAAAGAUAAUAAUAAAAUAAAUAGAGAAAUGAAUAAAAUUGAGACUUGAAUAUUUUGAAAACACUUCCAUUGUGUAAUGAACUUAUACUUAUUUAAGAGAGUGACUAAAAACAUUGUGAUGUGUUGUAGUCGAAUACUUGUGGUAUAAUUGACCAAUGUCAUCGCAGUUCCUAGGAACUUACAGAGGUAUUGUGUUCUUAUGCUGGUACCGGCGUAAUAAAGCCAUAUUGGUCUCAUUAAAACACUGUUUCAGAUUCUGAUCUGUGUUAACGAGACAAAGCUA